UUUCAGAGAGCGGGAGAGCAAGUCACAAAAUACCAGAGACACACUCGUUUUGAAUGUGGCACUAUGAUCCUCUGGUGACGUGUGGCUGGUGUUCACGGGCUCCCUCUUCCCUUCUGCAGUCAGUUGAGAGCUUUAAUCCCGUCCGGUAUUGUCGCUGAGGGCCAACAGAAGAAACGACACUCUGUCUUACCUCUGUUACCAGAAUGCAUCCGACUAAAGAAGAGAAUAUUGAGCUGGGAUUCGAUCCUGCGUUUGGGGGCAGCGAUGAACAGCCACAGCUAACCGACACCGUGGAGCCACACACCGAUGAGCCUCUCGGACCGACGGUAGACGAAGGUGUCGACUUGGUUUACGCUCUGAAUGACAGGCCACCCUGGUACCUUUGCAUUCUCCUUGGCUUUCAGCACUAUGUCCUUGCCUUCGGCGGAAUCAUCGCCGUCCCACUGAUCCUCGCCGAGCCUCUCUGCAUCGCAGACAACAACGUGGCCAAAAGCCAGCUCAUCUCCACCAUAUUCUUCGUGUCCGGAUUGUGCACAGUGCUGCAGACGACCGUUGGAACCAGGUUACCAAUCCUUCAGGGAGGGACUUUCAGUUUCAUUACCCCUACUUUGGCCAUUCUUGCCCUGCCGAAAUGGCAGUGUCCAGACCCAAAUGCAUCUGUGACCCCGUCCAUGCAGCUGCAGAAUGGCACCAGUCCACUGCCACGGGAAAACUCCGAUGAAAUCUGGAUGCCACGAAUACGUGAGAUUCAGGGGGCCAUCCUGGUUGCCUCUCUGGUUCAGAUUGUCCUGGGCUUGUCUGGACUGGUCGGCCUCGUGCUUAAAUACAUCGGUCCUUUGGCUAUCGCUCCUACGAUCACCCUCAUCGGCCUGUCGCUGUUCAUUGAGGCUGGGAAGAAAUGUGGCAGUCACUGGGGAAUUGCUGCUCUCACAGUCUGUCUGAUCCUCCUGUUCUCCCAGUACCUCAGCAAAGUUCAUGUUCCAAUGAUUGCAUACAAGGAUAAGAAGUGGAAGGUUUUCCAAUAUCCACUGUUCAAGCUCUUUUCUGCUUUGUUUGGAAUGUGUGGUGCCUGGCUGGUCUGCUUUUUACUGACCAUCUUUGACAUCCUGCCUUCAAAGUCGAAUCAGUAUGGCUUCUCAGCAAGAACCGACAUCAACCUGAACGCCCUGACAAACUCGCCGUGGUUCCGCAUGCCUUAUCCAGGUCAAUGGGGUAUUCCCACUGUAAGCCUGUCCUCGGUGUUGGGAAUGAUGGCAGGCGUUUUGGCAUCUACCAUGGAAUCCAUCGGUGACUACUAUGCUUGCGCUCGUUUGUCUGGUGCUCCUCCACCACCCAUUCACGCCAUCAACCGAGGCAUCGCCGUUGAGGGCAUGGGCUGCAUCCUGGCCGCACUGUGGGGAACUGGGAAUGGAACCACUUCCUACAGCCAAAACAUCGCUGCACUUGGAAUUACCAAGGUUGGCAGCCGUCUCGUCCUUCAGACAACAGGAGUUUUGAUGAUUGCUCUGGGCGUCUUUGGGAAGUUUGGAGCGGUUUUUAUCACCAUCCCGGACCCAGUCAUUGGAGGAAUGUUUCUUGUUAUGUUUGGCAUGAUUGCAGCUGUGGGGAUUUCCAACCUUCAGCAUGUUGAUCUCAACUCUUCCCGCAACCUCCUCAUCCUUGGUUUUUCUACCUUCAGUGGACUUGUGCUACCUACCUGGUUUCAUUCCAAUCCAGGCAUCAUUGACACAGGAAUAAAAGAGAUGGACCAGGUGAUCGUAGUGCUGUUCACCACACAUAUGUUCAUCGGUGGAAUUUUUGGGUUUCUUCUUGAUAAUACGAUUCCAGGCACGGCCAAAGAGAGAGGGAUCAAGAACUGGCAGGACAAAGUGCAAGGGGACGGCUUAAACUCCUCUGACUAUGACAUCCCGUUCUGCAACAGUUUUCUAAAAAGGUUUAAAUGUUUCCAGUAUCUACCCUUUCUGCCGUCUUACAAAACCUCAAAUAAAAGAGCGUCAACAUAGAGAAGUGGAAACUUCCUGGGCAAUAUUAAUCCCGGAAUCCUAAAGCCUUUAGGUUGAGCGAAUAAAGUAAAAGCUUGUCUAUUUUUUUAAUAAAUAUUUGGUUUGACUUUGGUGUUGAAAUUAAAAUAUUUGAGUUCA